AUGGGGAAUCCAUCAUCAUCUUCAUUUCCCUUCAAAUUGGCCUUCAUCCUCUCAUUCUCUCUCACUGCUUCUUCUUCUUCCUCUUCUUCCUAUUCCUCUCCCACGCCCCCCAAAUCCCAUUAUCAUUACCUCUCACUUCGCAAAUUUAACUCCAAGAAAGCCUCCACCGCACCACCCACCGCCUCCGCCGGAGACAUACUCUCACUCCUUGGAACACCUCAACAAGCUUCCUCAGUCAACCCCAAGGUUGCCGCUGAACUCCGAUCCUGCUUCAAGUUCCUUGUUCCUUUUAAUUCUACUACUAGUUCCCCUUCCAAUUUAGGAAAUCGGCCUAGUAAAUCCUCAAUCGAUUCGGAAAUUCGGUUCCCGCGGCGGUCGCUGAAUUCGAAAUGCCGUUCUGACUCUUGGAGCGAUAAGGAUGAGCUCGUGUGGUCACCGCCGGCACCUGUAUUGGAGAUCGCUCGACUUGCUUUUGAUUCUGGUGGUGAUCCAGGGUGUAUUCAACGUACCCUUGAUCCCACGAUGAUCGAUAUACCUGAUGUUCAAGGAUCAAACAAAAAUCGAUGUCAACUUACAAGAACUCCUUAUGGAAGACGCUUUAUAAACGAGGAAUUGAAUUCAUACAUGGAAUUUUUGUUCAAACUUAUUGCUGCCCGUGGUCCCAAAGUUGGGUUGCAUGUAUCAUUAGAUCGAUAUGAUUUCUUUCAUGGUCAUCUUUUCAUUGCCGCGGAUGGAAGAGUUGGCAUUUUGUUUCAUGCUAAAGAAUACCCAGCAUAUGAUAAAGAAGUGUUCCCAUAUAACAUGGGAUAUUGCCAAGCAGGUUCUAAUGUGACAUAUGAUGAUUCGAUGAAUCUGCGGAACAUUUUGUGGUUAGCUCCUUUGCCGAGUAAUUCCAGCGGUUGGUCUGCACCUGGGGUGCUAGUGGUAUUGGAUGCGCAUCCAGGAGGAAUCAUCUAUCGAGAUAUAAUACCUGAAUAUGUAGAUUAUGUCAGAACGAUAUAUGAAGAUGAUUUUGGUGAUAACGUAGUUGAUGUCAACUACCUAAAUGCAGAGGCUGACUAUCAGAUAUUCAUUUGCUAAUACUUGACCCAUUGCAGGUAUGAUUUUUCAGAAAACAUUUAGUCCCUCCUGAUGAUGUGUUGGAUAUUGAAGAUGAGGGCCCAGAAUUAAGAAACAAACUAUUAUUACCUUGACCACCUGAUGGAAAGGCUUUGGUUGUAUUGCAACUGAGAAACAACAUAGGUUUGGAAAAGGAGACUUUAUGAGCUUUGUGCCUUAAAUAACAAUUUCCAAUCAGAUUCUUAAGGAAAGAAUGUUGUAACUGGAAAAAGAAACAUACCACAUGAAGGUGUCUUUCAAUUUCAUUGCUCCAAGAUCCUUUCUGCAAACAUCAGCUAUUGGAUCAUGCUUUUGGCGCUUAAAACCAGACUAACCCCGUAUAUUUCAUUCACAAGUAGGUCUUUAUUUCCGAAAAGACCCCCAUGAGAAUAUUGAAGGAAAAAAAGACUAUUUUAUCCUUGUUUCGGAAAAUGGGUAAAUGUAAAAUCCCGUCAUAAUAAUGUUGGAAAGAGAGAUACAAGAUCUCAUCUUAAUUUGACU